AUGUCGCAGGAUCCCAACUUUCCCCGUCCGCGGGCCGGACCAGGUAUUCAUGCUGUGCAAGUCAAUAACGCGAGAGAAAUGGUGGCAAUGCAUGUUAAAGGCCGUAAUCCGGCGCGCCAAACGACAUCAGCAACGCUUCAUUCCAGAAUAGGGCGGCCCACGCAAGAAGUCAGCAUCGAAAGCCUGGUUGUCGAAGUUUCAAGGGCAAACGGAACGACAGAAGUCAGCAGCAAAUCCGAGCAGCAGACAGAAACGCAGUUUAUUUCAAAUAAAGCCACAGUGAACACUACAGGACAAUCUUUCGAAGCCACGGCCACUUCUGCUUUUAUACCACCAUCUGUGUGUGUCCCCGCCCGCAACAGCGGCCCUUGCACCAACCCUCAAUGCACUCUGUGCGGCCAAGUAGUCAUUCCACUGCCGGUAGCCCGUUUUCCUUUCCGUGAGCGGCCUUCCAUCAGUGUUGGCGAAUGGAGCAUUUUCACGCAGAAAGGCUCGAUUCUUCUGCUGGACGAGUUGGACCGCUUGGCUGAGCGCUACGCUUUUCCUCUCCCGGAAAUGAUCUUCGGCCACAAUCAUGUGCGUGUUGUACACGACACCAGUGGUGCUAGUGUCGAGUUUAAUACACUUGAUGCUCUAGAUGCGCUCGAUCCCGACUCGGAGAUGAAAGUUAGCUAUCACCAUGAGUGGCUUUCGACACGGCCUCGGGCGGCCGAGAAUUUGGAAAACCCAUCUGUGGAGAGUGUCCGGCCGUACGACUGGACCUACACGACAAAGUAUCGAGGCACGAUCGUUGGUGGAGCAUUUGAGCCCACAGAGGAGAAAAUCCCGCUUGAUAAGCUCAAGCGGCCAGAGCCGAUCCUUUUCUACGAUGAGGCUAUCUUGUACGAGGACGAGCUUGGCGACAAUGGCAUUCUGGUGUAUCUGACCAAGAUUCGGGUGAUGCCUACAUGUCUUUUACUCUUGUGCCGCUUCUUCUUGCGCGUGGACAAUGUCGCGGUACGCAUCCGCGACACGCGACUUUAUGUUGAUUUCGAGUCUGGCCAUGUGCUUCGUGAGCAUCGGGUCCAGGAAGCAGCAUAUGAUGAGGUUUUUGCCCGGGCAGGACGCGCCUCAGACCCCAAGAAACUUUUACGUGACUCUAACUGGGUAGCGCAGAACUUACCGGUGAUGUCGUGCGACACUGAGCGCUUUGUCGAGGAUCCAAAUGUCGCUGCAAAUGUCGAAGGUGCAAAAGUCGAGGGUGCAAACACCCUACAAACUGGUGCGGCCCAAACUCCACCUGUAUCUUAA